UCUCAAAAAAAAAAAAAAAACGGAACGGAGCACAAAGCGGAGUCCGCUCGACCCGAUCCCCACCCCAGCAGCAGCUCCGCUAGGUUCCCCACCACCACCACCAGCAUGGACUCCGGCGGCGACUCGUCCGGCGGGGGCGCGGCGGCGGCGGCGGCCAAGUGGCGGACGGACGCGACGCGGGCCUUCCAGUACUACCUGGACCGCUCCACGCCGCACGCCACGGGCCGCUGGCUCGGCACGCUCGUCGUCGCCGCCGUCUACGCGCUCCGGGUCUUGUCCAUCCACGGCUUCUACAUCGUCAGCUACGGCCUCGGGAUCUACCUCCUCAACCUCCUCAUCGGCUUCCUCUCCCCCAUGGUCGACCCGGAGCUCGACCCCUCCGCCGCCGCACACGACGGGCCCGCCCUCCCCACCCGCGGAUCCGACGAGUUCAAGCCAUUCAUCAGGAGGCUCCCAGAGUUCAAGUUCUGGUACGCAAUCACAAAGGCUUUUGUUAUAGCUUUUGUGAUGACAUUCUUCUCCGUGUUCGACGUACCUGUGUUCUGGCCUAUACUGCUCUGCUACUGGAUUGUACUCUUUGUGCUGACGAUGAAGCGCCAGAUUCUGCACAUGGUCAAGUACAAAUAUGUGCCCUUCAACAUCGGGAAGCAGAAAUACGGCAGGAAGAAGGGUGGCGCGAGCAGCAGCUCGUCAAAAGACUGAUCCCCGGCGGCGCACCCUGGUGUGCAAGGGAACAAUGGAAGGGCGGGCGGAAGAUACAGUCGAACGACAAGGCUUAUUCGAUGUGCUACAUAGUACCAACAAGUGUAAUACUUCAUUCAUGAUAUCUAGAGAGAGCUAGGAGGGACAUUCGCUGCUUAUGUUUCUGACAUGGGUUCACGGUUUAAUUCGAUAUAUUCGUGUUACUUGUGUCACUGUCA